UCUUCUGCUUCUUAUAUCUUCCGUUUCACUUCACACCAAAAUCACAACCCCACCAAAACCCUAAUUCCUCUCUCUCAUUUCUCAACCAUGGAUGCUAAAGAAUCCUCCGCCACCGAUUUGAAGAGACCUAGAGAGGAGGAUGAUAAUGGCUCCCCCGCCGCAGCCGUCGCUUCCAUGGAGACAGAGAACGGAGAUCAGACAAAGGAGCCUGCUUGUUUCUCCACUGUCAUUCCUGGGUGGUUCUCUGAAAUGAGUCCCAUGUGGCCAGGUGAGGCACACUCUUUGAAGGUUGAGAAAGUUUUGUUUCAGGGCAAAUCAGAUUACCAGGAUGUGAUUGUUUUCCAGUCUGCAACAUAUGGAAAAGUUUUGGUUUUGGAUGGAGUCAUCCAACUUACGGAAAGAGAUGAAUGCGCUUAUCAAGAAAUGAUCACUCACCUUCCAUUGUGCUCUAUCCCUAAUCCUAAGAAGGUCUUGGUCAUUGGAGGAGGAGAUGGUGGUGUCCUACGGGAAGUUGCACGUCAUCCUUCUGUUGAGCACAUUGACAUGUGUGAAAUUGAUAAAAUGGUGGUCGACGUGUCUAAACAAUUUUUCCCUGAUGUAGCAAUUGGAUAUGAGGAUCCUCGCGUGAACCUCGUUAUUGGCGAUGGUGUUGCUUUCUUGAAGAAUGCUGCUGAAGGAUCAUAUGAUGCUGUUAUUGUUGACUCAUCAGAUCCUAUCGGUCCUGCAAAGGAGUUGUUCGAGAAACCCUUCUUCCAAUCCGUGGCUAGAGCUCUUCGUCCUGGUGGAGUUGUGUGUACUCAGGCUGAAAGCUUGUGGCUUCACAUGGACAUCAUUGAAGACAUUGUUUCCAACUGCCGCGAGAUCUUCAAGGGUUCUGUGAAUUAUGCGUGGACCAGUGUUCCAACAUACCCCAGUGGGGUUAUUGGAUUUAUGCUCUGUUCAACCGAGGGACCUGAUGUUGACUUCAAACACCCACUGAACCCAAUUGAUGAGAGCUCCAGCAAAUCAAAUUUACCCUUGAAGUUUUACAAUGCUGAGAUUCAUUCUGCUGCGUUCUGCUUGCCUUCUUUCGCCAAGAAGGUAAUUGAUUCGAAAGCCAAUUGAAAAGGGAAAGAAAACGAAAUCCGGAGGAUCCUUGAAUUUAUCAAAAUAAAAGUUUUUUUUACUGUUUUUAGAAUGUUACUGUGUUUGAGGGAUGUUUCUGUAACACACUGCAAGAGCUGCAAAAGCGACAGUCUCGGGUUUAGCAUAGUUGCAUUACACAUUACAUAGUAGCAAAAUCCAGUUUACAACAUGUGUUCUUGCUUUUGCCGUGAAGCUGGAAAAUUAUUAAGUUUU